GUGGGCAGGCCACGGGUUCAGGCCCUGCCCUGGGGAGUCCCAUACACAGUGAGACUCUGUGGGGUGCUACAGGGGCAUCCCGGGGGCCAGGACUGGCUAUGCACAGGGCACCCCUGACUGGCAGGCAGCCCCGCUCGCAGGUGGGCUCACUGGUCCUCCAGGCAGCCUCUCUAGGUGGGCAUUAUCAUGACCACGUUUUACAGACCGGGAUGCUGAGGCUCAGUGACACCAGCUCUGAGUUCACACUGUGGGAAAUCAAAUUUCUGAUUUGGCUGGGUCCAAAUGCCACCCUCCUUCCCCAGUCCCAAAGAGCCCUGAGGGGCCCUGUGCCUGGCACCGGACAGCACCUGGCUGCUCAGGACGAAUGGGUGCUGGGUGCUCCUCUGCAGCCUGACUUACAGGCAGCUCCCCCAAGGCUGAGAGCGCAGCGGCUGGCUCUGGUGCACACGCUGGGCACUGGACUCCCGCAGCUGGUGGACUGGUUGAGUCCUGGCCUUGGCCAGCACCAGGCUAGUGCCAGAGGCAUAGCGAAAGGCCACGGCUGCCCGUGCCCCCCACCCCACACUGCCUUACAGAGUCCUGGUGGGGUGCCUGGGUCCCUCCCCAUUCCAGUGUAAGCCCUCCACUCCACCAGGCAAGGAAGGGCAGGGUGGAAGGGCCUGACCUUCAGUCUGAGGGAGCCGGGCAGGUGGGAGCUGACCCUGGGUCGGGGGCCCUCUCCUGGGGCCGCUUCCACGGCCCACGCUUGGCACUGUCAGCACUGGGUGGGGCCAGGCCAAGGGGCCCUCCACUUAAUCGCGUAGGGCCAGCGCAGGCUGGAACCUCGCAGAGCUCCCUGUGCACCCCACGCGGCUGUACUGGCCCUGCUCCCUCUGACCCAGCCAUGCCUCUGCCCGGCCACCUGCUGCCCAUCCUGGUCCUGUUCCUGGCAGCAGGGUCCCCAGGCUGGGCCUGGGUCCCCAGCCAUUGCAGGAGCCCCAGCCAGGCUGUGUGCAACUUCGUGUGUGACUGCGGGGACUGCUCCGAUGAGGCCCAGUGUGGUUACCACGGGGCCUCGCCCGCCCCGGGCACCCCCUUCACCUGCGACUUUGAGCGGGACGCCUGCGGCUGGCGGGACAUCAGCACCUCGGGCUACAGCUGGCUCCGAGACAGGGCGGGGGCUGCGCUGGAGGGUCCCGGGCCUCGCUCAGACCACACGCUGGGCACCGACCUGGGAUGGUACAUGGCUGUCGGAACCCACCAAGGGAAAGAGGCGGCCACUGCAGCCCUGCGCUCGCCCACCCUGCGAGAGGCAGCCCCCUCCUGCAAGCUGAGGCUCUGGUACCACAUGGCCUCUGGAGAUGUGGCUGAGCUGCGGCUGGAGCUGACCCAUGGCGCAGAGACCCUGACCCUGUGGCAGAGCACAGGGUCCUGGGGCCCCGGCUGGCAGGAGUUGGCAGUGACCACAGGCCGCAUCCAGGGUGACUUCCGAGUGACCUUCUCUGCCACCCGAAACGCUACCCACAGGGGCGCCGUGGCUCUAGAUGACCUGGAGUUCUGGGACUGUUGGCUGCCCACCCCCCAGGCCAGCUGCCCCCUGGGACACCACCACUGCCAGAACAAGGCCUGCGUGGAGCCCCAGCAACUCUGCGACGGGGAAGACAACUGUGGGGACCUGUCUGAUGAGGACCCACGCACCUGUGGCCAGCACACGGUCACCGACUUUGAGACAGGCCUGGGCCUAUGGAGCCGCUCAGAAGGCUGGGCCCGGAACCACAGCGCUGGCGGUCUCGAGCACCCCGCCUGGCCGUGCCGUGACCACAGCCGGAACAGUGCGCAGGGCUACUUCCUGGUCUCCGUGGCCGAGCCUGGCAAUCCUGCUGUGCUCUCCAGCCCCGAGCUCCAAGCCUCAGGCGCCUCCAGCUGCUCGCUGGUCUUCUAUUACUACCUGCACGGGUCCGAGGCCGGCUGCCUCCAGCUGUUCCUGCAGACUCUGGGGUCCAGCACCCCCCAGGCCCCAGUCCUGUUGCGGAGGCGCCGAGGGGAGCUGGGGACCGCCUGGGUCCGAGACCGCAUUGACAUCCAGAGUGCCCACCCCUUCCAGAUCCUCCUGACCGGGCAGACAGGCCCGGGGGGUGUGGUGGGCCUGGACGACCUCAUCCUGUCUGAGCACUGCAGACCAGUCCCGGAGGUGUCCACCCCACAGCCGCUGCCUCCUGGGCCCUGGGCCCCAGCCCCCGGGCCCCUGCCGCCCAGCUCUCGGCUCCAGGACUUCUGCCAGCAGGGCCAUCUCGCCUGUGGGGACCUGUGUGUGCCCCCGGAACAGCUGUGUGACUUCCAGCAGCAGUGUGCAGGGAACGAGGACGAGCAGGCCUGUGGAACCACGGACUUCGAGUCCCCCGAAGCCGGGGGCUGGGAAGAUGCCAGCGUGGGGCGGCUGCAGUGGCAGCGGCUCUCAGCCCAGGAGAGUCAGGGAGCCGGUGCAGCUGCUACUGGUCACUUCCUGUCUCUGCAGAGGGCCUGGGGGCAGCUGGGUGCGGAGGCCCGGGUCCUUACACCUCUGCUUGGCCCCUCUGGCCCCAGCUGUGAACUCCACCUGGCUUACCAUCUGCAGAGUCAGCCCCAAGGCUUCCUGGCACUAGUGGUGGUGGACAGCGGGUCCCGGGAGCUGGCAUGGCAGGCCCUGAGCAGCAGUGCAGGUGGCUGGAAGGUGGACAAGGUCCUUCUAGGGGCCCGCCGCCGGCCGUUCCGGCUGGAGUUUGUCGGUCUGGUGGACUUGGACAGCCCUUACCAGCAGGGAGCUGGUGUGGACAACGUGACCCUGAGGGACUGUAGCCCCAUGGUGACCACCAAGAGAGACAGAGAGGUCUCCUGUAACUUUGAGCGGGACACGUGCAGCUGGUACCCAAGCCACCUCUCAGACGCACACUGGCACAGGGUGGAGAGCCGUGGCCCUAAGCACGACCACACCACAGGCCAAGGCUACUUCAUGCUCCUGGACCCCACAGACCCCCUGGCCCGGGGCCACAGCGCACACCUGCUCUCCAGGCCCCAGGUGCCAGCAGCGCCCACGGAGUGUCUCAGCUUCUGGUACCACCUCCACGGGCCCCAGAUUGGAACCCUGCGCCUGGACAUGAGACGGGAAGGGGAGGACACGCACCUCUGGUCACGGUCGGGCACCCAUGGCAACCGCUGGCACCAGGCCUGGGCCACCCUCUCCCACCAGCCUGGCUCCCGGGCCCCGUACCAGCUGCUGUUUGAGGGCCUCCGGGACGGAUACCACGGCACCAUGGCGCUGGACGACGUGGCCAUGCGGCCUGGCCCCUGUUGGGCCCCUGAUUACUGCUCCUUUGAGGACUCGGACUGCGGUUUCUCCCCUGGAGGCCAGAGUCUCUGGAGACGCCAGACCAAUGCCUCAGGCCAUGCUGCCUGGGGCCCCCCAGCAGACCACACCACAGAGACGGCCCAAGGGCACUACAUGGUGGUGGACACGAGCCCAGACGCACUGCCCCGGGGCCAGACGGCCUCCCUGACCUCCAGGGAGCACAGGCCCCUGGCCCAGCCUGCUUGCCUGACCUUCUGGUACCAUGGGAGCCUCUUCAGCCCAGGCGCCCUGCAGGUCCACCUGGAGGAGGGCAGGAGGUACCAGGUGCUCAGCCUCAGUGCCCACGAAGGGCUUGCCUGGCGCCUGGGCAGCGUGGACGUGCAGGCUGAGCAAGCCUGGAGGGUGAUGUUUGAGGCAGUGGGCACAGGCGUGGCACACUCCUACGUGGCUGUGGAUGACCUGCUCCUCCAGGAUGGGCCCUGCCCUCAGCCAGGUUCCUGUGAUUUUGAGUCUGGCCUGUGUGGCUGGAACCACCUGGCGCGGCCCGGCCUGGGUGGGUACAGCUGGGACUGGGGCGGGGGAGCCGCACCCUCUCGCUACCUCCAGCCCCCAGUGGACCACACCCUGGGCACAGAAGCAGGCCACUUCGCUUUCUUUGAAACUGGCGUGCUGGGCCCCGGGGGCCGGGCCGCCUGGCUGCGAAGUGAGCCUCUACCGGCCACCCCAGUCUCCUGCCUCCGAUUCUGGUACCACAUGGGCUUUCCUGAGCACUUCUACAAGGGGGAGCUGAGGGUGCUGCUACACAGUGCCCAGGGCCAGCUGGCCGUGUGGGGCGCAGGCGGGCACCGUCGGCACCAGUGGCUGGAGGCCCAGGUGGAGGUGGCCAGCGCCAAGGAGUUCCAGAUCGUGUUUGAAGCCACUUUGGGCGGCCAGCCAGCCCUGGGGCCCAUUGGCCUGGACGACGUGGAGUAUCUGGCAGGGCAGCAUUGCCAGCAGCCUGCCCCCAGCCCGGGGGACACAGCCACGCCUGUGCCAGUGCCAGCUGUGGUUGGUGGUGCCCUCCUGUUCCUCAUGUUCCUGGUGCUGCUGGGACUUGGGGGGCGGCGCUGGCUGCAGAAGAGGGGGAGCUGCCCCUUCCAGAGCAGCACAGAGACCACAGCCCCCAACUUUGACAACAUCCUUUUCAAUGUAGAUGGCGUCACCCUCCCAGCAUCUGUCACCAGCGAUCUGUAGAGCACCCCGAACAAGGCCACGGUUCCUCACGUGACAUCCAGCGCUUGGUCAGACCCCGGCUGGGGACUGGACACCUGCUCCUGCCCAGACUGGGCCCGGCUGCAGGUCUCAGGGCACGCUGAGGCCUGGGCGUCCCUUACCCUGUGCGAGUCUGUUCCCGUGUGAAUAAACGCCCCGGCCCGUGAGGGCAGCCCGAG